AUGCACAAUGAUGCGCAGAUCGUGCAGCGCAUAAUCGAUGAGAAAACCCGUUCUAACCAGUACAAAGAACACCCGGAUGCCCCUGGAGAUCUGAGUGCUAUGAUGUUCUACGUGCUAGUAGAUCUUGAGAGCGUAGCUGAAGAUGAGCACGAAGAUCGAGUUACGAUGGAAGUUUCUGGUGAGACCCAUGGUGAGCAGGCAGAACGGUUCACAUCCGACAUGGGUGACUUUGGACCCACUGUGAUGAAUGAGCCUCUCCGCCUCCAGCCCGCGAAGCAAGAGGGUACUGGGGCACCCGCCGUCGCUGGCGGAUUGGCUUCCAGUGCACCUGACGCAGCUCCUGGAAAGCCGGCUCCGAAGAAGGCCCCCAAGCCCAGGACUGGAGAUGGCGAUGGUGCAGCAGCCCCAAGGCGAAAGAAUGAGGUGCCUGAAGAGCCACGGGCAAAGGCCCUGUGGAUCCUCAACAGGCUGAACAGCGAUCUUCAGAACUCACGCAUGUGGCCUGUGAAGCUUGCCCACUUAAAGCACCAGGAUGCCUUGUGUCAGAGCUUCAAGGGACAUGCAGACGAGUUGGAACGCAGCUUUCUGCAACUCACGCAGAAAACUGCCAAUGGGAACAAGGAGUUUGUCGGAGCCGAUUUGGAUGCCUUGACCGCCGCAUGCGAGCUGGCGCAGCAGCGCAUGAAGCUUUACCAAGAAGAUGCGGUGGAAGCCCAGACGUUGACCCGGGCAUCCAGAGCCGGUGCAAAGGACUAUUUCGACGCCGUGAACUUUCUGCAUCAUCAGUUCGAGAUGGUGGUCAGGAUGGGACAUGGAAUUUGGUUCUACGUACAGCAAACUGCGAGUUCAGCAGUGCAGUGGUGCAGGGAAAAGGGUGGCACAGUGGACGAUUCUGACUUAGUUUACAAAAUCUCACGCAUUGGAGCGGGCGGCAAGCACGCGAAGAAUUGUGAGCGUGACUUUCACACGCUGCUCAAAUCUUUCUCGAGGCGCUUUGGUGCGAAAAUAAACACUGUCAAGACGCGCAUGUACAAUCACGAAAAGGCUGUGGUGGAAUGGCAAGAUGUGCAUGUCAUUUAUCCAGACGACAUGGCAGCUGCUCUUUACAACAAAGGUGACCGUGUUUGGAGGCACACAAUGUUUGGUGGCCAUUCACCGGAUGAUGUUCGCACCUUUUGGCAGCACUGCAAAGAGCAUUGUGAUUGGUUCAAAGGCAGCGCAUGCUGUGAUUUCUCUCCUCUGGAGAAACUGAUACCCAUGAGCAUUUACGGGGACGACAUACAUGCUUACAAAGGGUCGGAAACUGGUGCAAUCACCGUCAUUGGUUGGACCAGUGACCUGGCGUACCGAAACAAUUCUCUGACCCGGUACUGGCCUAUUGUUGCUUAUCCGGAAUAUGCUGCAACAGACUGGACAUACAAUGACAUCAUGGGCCCUGUUGUAGAACGGAUGCAGUCCAUGGUCGAUCCCGACACAAUACAUGAUUGGUCGGCUGAUGGGUCCAUGUUUGUGAUGAGUAGCUUGCAAGGCGACCUAAAGUUCAUCAAGGACCAGUACAAGCUUCACAACUACAGGGCAAACAGUUUUUGCAGUUCUUUGUUGCAUGACUGUUUGCACUCGCAGCUUCUGGGAACUGGAAAAUCAGCAAAUGGCUCUGCAAUUGUUUAUCUAGCAGAAGCUGGCUUCUGGUGCGCUUUCCCUGACCAUGGGCUCUACCAGGACGCCUUGGCCAUUGUCCUCCGAGCUGCCCACCAGCAUUUCUUGAGAUGGAAAAAGGAGAACAAGUUGGUGGCUUCUCAGCCAAGGUUUACACCUGCCCGAUUGAGCCGCAUCACGCGAAUGCAGUAUCCAUCUUUGAGCUGCAAGGGUCACCCUAGCAAAGUGGUCACUUUUUGGAUCACGGAGUGUUGUGUUUUGCAUGCUGGAAGACAAGGAGCAACACAGCUGGACCAGAUGGUGGCAACAUGCAUGCAUUCGUAUGCUGCCUCGCUGAAAUGCAUGGGGUCUGCAGAUCUCAUUUUGACAGAAGAGGAGGCCACACACUACUACAAGUCGGUGAUGGUGCACUUGCAAACAUUUGGGGCGCUACACAAAAGCAGCCGCGGCGCUCAAGGGAAGCAACUGAAUCGAACGAUGUGGAUGCUUUUAACGAAGCAUCAUCAUUACUGUCACCAUGCCAAGAUGACUUUGAAGGAACGCAUAAAUCCUGCUGUGACGCAGUUACUGAGCGCAGAAGAUUGGGUUGGCCGCGUUGGGCGCAUAGCUCGCGCAACUCACAAAAGCAAUCUAUCACUCAGAACGUUGGAGAGAUAUUUAGCAACCCUGUACAUUGAGUUACUCAAAAUUUGA